CUCAUGGCUACCAUGGCGGAAGAAAAGCAUCCUCUCCAGCAGCCGCCCCUCACCAUAGCAACCGGAACGUCAGCGUCGACCGCCAGCCACCGCAGUCGGCAGAGCGGUGGGGAAGAACCGGGGCACCCAGCGGCCACCCCGUCGGGGCCGCGGGGCCGGGGCGGGAGCCGCGCCGCUGUCCGCGGUGCUGACGGGAGAGGCCGCGACGGGGCGGAGGAGGAGGGAAUAGCACGAGUCAGCAGCCAGCCCUGCCACACGUCGUUUUCCGUUACAGAAGAGGGGCAGAAUAACCCACCCCUCCUAUUGGAUUUGCAAGUGGCCGGGCACAGAUGUGAACAUACUGCUUUUUUUUCAAUAUGACUUCACUUGGGAUUAUAAAAGGAAGAAGGACGAGACCAGGACUUCUGGGAUUAUGCUUUGGUACAGAGCCCAAGCAGGAGACAUGACUGUCAUGUUUGACCAUAGUACGGAUAACAACGUUUCUUUUGUUCUCCCUACAUUAUUGCUUCUGCUGCAGAACAAAAGCUACCCCAAGACCUCCCUCCCUGCAGCUCACCAUGAGAUGACAGAGUCACCCCAGGAGCCCAGGCCAAACAGGAACCGCACUGUCUUGCAGUAUGAGUUGAAGCCAGGGGAAAUUGUAUCAGCCAGCAUGGUUUUUGGAGUACUGUGGAUAAUUUCCAUCUUUGGAAACUCCCUUGUUUGCUUAGUGAUCCACAGGAGCAGGAGGACGCAAUCAACCACCAACUAUUUUGUUGUCUCCAUGGCUUGUGCAGAUCUUCUCAUCAGUGUUGGAAGUGCACCAUUCGUGCUGCUUCAGUUUACAUCAGGCAGAUGGACACUUGGGAAUGUGAUGUGCAAACUGGUAAGGUAUAUUCAGUAUUUCACUCCUGGAGUCCAGAUAUAUGUGCUCCUCUCCAUAUGUGUGGAUCGAUUCUACACUAUUGUCUACCCACUGAGCUUCAAGGUGUCAAGAGAGAAAGCCAAGAAAAUGAUUGUAGCAGCUUGGAUCUUUGAUCUUGCAUUUACAUCACCAGUUUUCUUUUUCUAUGGCUCCAAUGAGGAUGACCACUGCAACUUUUUUCUCCCAGGUUCUUGGGAAGGAGCCAUCUACAGUAUUAUCCAUCUCUUGGUGGUGUUUUUGACCCCAUCCAUCCUCAUUAUCCUAUUCUACCAAAAGGUCAUUAAGUACAUUUGGAGAAUAGGCACUGAUGGCAGGACUGUUAGAAGAACAAUGAAUAUUGUCCCAAGAACGAAAGUGAAAACUAUCAAGAUGUUCUUAAUGUUAAAUUUAGUGUUUCUCCUGUCCUGGCUCCCAUUUUAUGUGAUACAACUGUGGCACCCAGAGGAAACAGACUACAGAAAAAGUUCCUUGGUUUUCAUGGCUAUCACAUGGAUUUCUUUCAGUUCUUCAGCUUCAAAGCCAACCCUGUAUUCAGUGUAUAAUGCAAACUUCAGAAGAGGGAUGAAAGAAACUUUUUGCAUGUCCUCCAUGAAAUGCUACAGAAGCAAUGCAUACACCAUCACCACCAGCUCAAGGAUAGCAAAAAAAAAUUAUGUCGGGAUCUCAGAAAUCCCAGCACCAGCCAAAACUGUAACCAAAGACUCAAUCUAUCAUUCAUUUAACAGAGAAGCAAGAAAAAAGCUUGCCUGGCCUAUUCAUUCAAAUCCUCCAAAUACAUUUGUCUAAUUGGCUUAAUAUCUUUGAAUGGUGAUUAUGUACCAUCAGAACAAAAAACUUGAUCUCCUUUUUGAACCAAUGUAAACACACUUGUUUUUACAACUUUUAGAGAGAGAAAAAAAAAAAGAUAUUUUAUUAAAUGCAUUGAUUUUGAUGUAUCUAGUCUACAUAAUUUCAGCUACAUUUUUCUUCUGUAAGUACUCUCCCUGAAUCACAAGCAUAUUUGCUUUUUUCAAAAAAAAAGCAAAGCUCUUGCAUUUUCUGUUUGAGUGAGAAAACUGAGAAAAAAUACCACUGCAUUUUUAAUCAGUGUACUUUGGCCACCAUGUUUAAAUAUAAAAAUACACUCAAAGACAUCUCUACAGCCUUUUGUUAUGCCCUUAAGAAUAUUGUUGCACUAGGGUUUUCCUUCUUGUUCAGACCUCAUGGCUAAGAUUUUUGUAUGUGGUAAUGCUGGCAAAACGCUGAGCUGAUUGAAUUCAGCUAUAAAAUUUCCACUGCCUCUGUAGAGUCAGCAUCGAGUGCUUUUGCAUACUCAGCAUUGCACUUCCAGAGAGAUCUAGUGGUUGAAGCACCUCGAGAAAAGUCCUACCCCAUAUAUUACCCUCCCCAAUUCCUCUCUAGCCGUAUCUACACCAACGCUGAUGUGCCUGAUGAACAGCCACAGCAGAAGAGGAGCAGCAUCACCUGAUCUGACCUCACCACCAAAAGUCCCCAAGCAAUGACAAAAUGCAGUGGGAAGCUCCAAAGUUCUUCCCCAGCACUCAGCAACUGCUUUGGAACCAAAAUGCAAAGAACAAAAUUCCUAAGCCAGUCUAGGAGGUGCUUGGCUGAUUGUGCAGCUUGCCCAUCUUGAGCUAAAAAAAAGUGGACACAUGUACACUGUGGACACGUAUACCAUGAGUUCAUUUAUCAUAGAUAUUUACUUUUGAGGCUUGCUUAAUCUGAGACACAGAUCCACUCUUCUCAUUAGGACUAGGUAACACCACUUUCAGUUAUCUGCUAAGAUCUACAAGACUGGAUUAUUAAAUCCACAGGAGAAUGAGGAGGGGUGUUUUUUUGAAAACCAGUCUGAAAUGGGUACCCUUUACAUCAUUCAGUUAUCAAACCCAUUAAGAAGAACUGGAAAGAGCCUGUAUGUUUGAUAUUGAUUUAUUUUCCUAAUUUCUAUUCUACUGCCCAAAAACUACAGCAACACACUCAGAAAACAUCACAGAUAACAAAAUAAGGUCAGCACAAACAGCAUUUGGUGAAUUCCCCUCACUUUGAUGGAUCAGUAUAUCCACUUUCCCUCACCCUGGAAAGUUCCUUUGUUGUCUUAUAACAUGAACAAGAGAUUCUUGCCAGCUUCAGACCAGCAGUCCUGUUAUUUCUUUUCCACACCGAAGAUUUUCAUCCUACUGUGAUUUCCGACACAGAAACUGCUUCAGAAUAGGCUCUGCUUGGAUCAUCAUAAUGUACCGGCUAGGGUACAGCCCAGUAUCUUGAAGAUCAGAUUACCAACAUGCAUUUCAAAAUCAGGUCAUCCCAAAAGCAGUGUGGACUCUUUGACCUUAGGCAUUCAACUAGGCAGAAGCCAGCUAUGGGGCAGAAAUAACAUGCAAGCAUCAGAUAUCCACCUUCACAUACCCUAUUUCAAAAUCUCCAUCUUUGAAAGAUGCAACCUCAGUCUCAAACUGUUCAGAGAAUAAUUAUCUUUUUCUCCUGAUUUCAGAGCAAAUGUAGCACAACCAGCCUGAGGCCUGAAAGUCCUGUAGUAACAAAAGAUAAUAGAACAAGAGCAGCAAGCACUAAGGGUGUAUUAACCACAGUCAUGCAUCUUCCCUUCUGAUCAGCAGAGAGCAGAAGCACAUGCAUCGUUGAACCCUGGGUGACAGAAGUGGCCUGGAUGGCCUCUAGUGCUGGAAUAUUGUGUAGGGAAACUCCUUUGUUGAGUAAUAUUCCUGCAUGUAUUUUAGAAAUUUUCCUUCCCCCUACUCUACCACACUAAGUGUGGCUAUGAGAACCCUUACUGUCUGUGGGAACAUUUCCUGUAUAUAUUUCACAAGUUCAGAAAUCCCCAUUAAUGAAGAUCAGAUAUUUCUCAUCAAAGUCAUUAGCAAAAAUCCCCAUGUACUAGGAGAGGAGAGGGCCUUAAAAAUGAGACCAUUCUAUUCUGCAUGGUUCAUGUUCCAGGCAAAUUGUUUCUCCCUGAAACAUCAGCAUGUGCUGAUAAGCAGCAGAGCUCAGAUUAUUGCCACCUUGUGCAGGGGCUGCUGCCCUCAGACUUUCUGCAGUAAAGAAAGGGAGGAAGAGAUGAAGCUCACGUCUGAAAUGCCAAAACCUCCCUUGAGACAAAAAGUCUGCCAGACAUCAUCUUGAAUAUGAAACCAGAGGAAUGCUUAGAUAUGAAGCCAGAAACUUUCACAUAACUGCUCCUCUUCUGAACUUGAACGUAUUUCCCCACCUUCCAGAAGCUGUAAAGAAGCUAGAAGAGCAGUGAUGCGCCUGAACAUCAGGUAUCCAUGUUCACGUGGAACCGCUUCCUGUCCCUGUCCCACCAGUCCUGCACAUUCUUGCCAGCCCUUGUCCUCUUGGUGUGCUGGGAGCACCGUGCCCCAGACAAGGCUGCCUCCGCACUCCUGGCAGCUCCCAUCCUCCUUAGGCAGGGGACACCAGGCCACUGGUAGCUUUGUGCCACUGCCAUAGGAGCUAAACAUGGCAUUGUGCUGUAGCAGGGUUGAAGGUGGAAAAUAUUUGGCAGCUUGAGAUGCUGACCAGCACAAGGAGAAACCUUUUCCACAUCUUAUUUUUAUCUUUUAUUUCUGUUUUUUAAAACAUUGUUUUAGAGGAGGUGAUGGAUUGGUUUGAUAACACCAGACAUCAUGUAUCACUUAGUCUGCCAAUGUCCCAGGAGUGCCAGAGACUCAGGAGGGAGAUCAUGCAUUAACUGAGCAAGAAAUGGAAAAUGCAUUGAGAUUUGCUUGAUCAAUAUGUAUCUGUCUAUCUAGAUGUCUAGAUAUCUAUAUCUACAAAUCUUUCCACACUCCUUCAAAAUUCCUUACUACCAACAGCUGCUUUUGCAAUAGCAUAACAAUAAAAUUACUAAAGAAUGAGAGAAAUUUAGGACUAAACCAAGCAAUCCUAUUCAGAUAAAGGGACCUUUAAGGAAUGUUCUUCAAUGGGGAAAUGGCCAGGUACUGCCUCUGGAUCUUCACGCUGCUCUGGAGGCAGAUGCUCCCAUGUUCCAGGUGAGAUUGGCAGGUCUGGUCAGUGUGCAGACACUUUACCUGUGGGUACCUGUGUGUGCCUUAGUGAUUGAGUGUAGUGAGGGGUGAGGAGCCAGAAUACACAGGCUGAAGCCAGCAGAAUUCAUUGUACCAAACUUGACACCUAGUCCUCAAAGGAGCAGCUAUGGGAGAAAGAAAGGACUUCUGGAUCUCUAGCCCAUCCAACAUUUAUUCUUAAGAGUUUUCUGAGCAAGAAUAUGACCAGUGCCAACAACUAAACAUUUCUUUCCAUUAAGUGGACACGCAUCAAGUGGAAAUUCUGUCAUCACCAUUUACUUUUUAUAUUAACUAUGUCGUCCUUAUAAAUCAUCAAAUCGUGGCCCUCCAUUUUAUUUCAGGAAAAAGUUUAUUUUCUGUUGAAUGCAUUUUAAAAAUGUCCAGCUUGGGAGGCAGUGAGAAACAGAGGCACAUACCAUUUAGAACUUUUUCAACCAGCAUCCCAGAGGUGAUAGCAAAGUGGCAGCAGUUACCCAUAAUUACACCUGAAAGUAUUCAUAUGUCUGGUUAAGAAUCUUCUGAAUUUGUCAUUCUCCUCACCUCAACCAGCUUCACAUCACAGUUAACUGACAAUGAUUUAGGAACUGUUUUUCUGAAGUGUCAAAUGCAUGCCAUCAAUUUCAGCUGAAAUUCUGAGUGCUCAGCCUUUUUGAAUAUCAGAUCCUUCCAGUUCAAACCAAGUAGAUUUGAAGUAUAUUAAAUCCAGAUCUGCACAGUUAGAGGAAGGGUUAUUAGUUCCUUAAGUGAUUUUGUAAGUUAAUAUACCUUUACUAGUUGGCUCUUUACAACCUCACAAGUAUUAUGGAAUAGGCCAUUAUAAAUUACAGGAGAUUUAUUUGAACUGACAUCUAGUAAAACGUAACAAACCUACUGAAAGAUUGUUAUAUAAAUGUCACCUUCUGGCAAGCAGUUUGAACUAAAACAUGGUUUUAUUCUACACUACUGCUAAUGCACAUACAAGUGUUCUUUCAGUCUCAUCACAAAGCUGGCCUCUGGAUAAAAUUCAAAAGUGGUACAUUCAGCACUAAGUCCUUUGUGUUCAGAAUCUCAGGCAUUUUAGACCAGCUCUUGAUUUGGUCCUAAGUUUGCAAGGAAAGGGGGAAAAAAAGAGAGAAAAUAAAGACUACAUCACUAAAUAAUUUCAUUUACCCUCACCUCAUGCCCAGCCAGACACUAGCCUUUCACUGCAUGUAUGAGUAAGACAGGAGAUAUUCUCAUUUCCUUUAUUAGGGAAAGUGAGGGGAGAUAGUCAGGAAAUUUAUCUUUCUUAAGGUCUUGUAGAAUUCAACACAUUAAGCAGCAGAGGUUGCAAAUGGAUGGGUCUAAGUAUCUACCUUAUUUCCACUGACACUACAGCACUGCUUACAGAUUUCAGUUAAAUUCUGUAGAUGAAUCAUCUCCGCUGCAAUAUGUACUCUGCAAAGUCCCUCCCCAUAUUGGUCCAAAUACAGGAACUGCAGCAAUUAAAUGAUAUUCAGAGUUAUCAAGACUUCAGAUUGUUUACAAGUUACCUGUCUAUGCAGCAGGAAUAGCAUCAAGUUUGCUAACUUGCAACGCCGCUGGGAGUGGAUUUGCUGUGUGGGUUUCUGCAGAGUCCAAAACAGCUCUUAACACAUUGUUGGACUGCUCUUUCCUAUUAGCCCAGGGCAUCCAUCUUCGAAUUAAGUAUUGGGUUUUUACAUUUUUUCUUGAAGAAGAGAGAUAUUGUGGACAAGACCUUUGGUCCUCUUACUAGGAGUUGCACCAGUUGUAUCAGAUUGUGGCAGUAAGCACUGAGUUUCUGAAGUUGUGGACGUCUGUAGGACAACAACAGAAGCAGCUACCACUUCACUACAGGCCAGAAAACAGAUGUAUAGAGAGCUAUGUCAGGAUACUUCAAGAAAGUUGAUGUGGUAAAGAGUGGCUCUCCAUAAGUUGCUCUUGAACCCACAACAGUGCUUCCGUAAGUCCCAUCAGAGAUAGACAUUUGCCAUUCAAGUAUAUAACUUUAAAAGAUACAACUUUCAGAAACCGAUUUUUUUUUCAGAUUGAGUAUUUUACAGGGUAUCUCAGAAGUGCCAGUUGACAAAGCCAUCUAUAUUUCGUAUGUUGAGAAGUUCAUCACAUGCCGUCAAUGUACAAAACUCCCUGAAGGAAAAAGUGUUUCAUCAACCAGCAUAACCCAGCUGUAAAUUUUGAACCCCUAAUGUGAGCAAACUGUUGAUUUUAGAAUUAUAGAGCAAUCUCAGGACUCUUCAGCUCCUCUGGUUACAUAGAAUUCAUCUCUCUCAGAUGACUCUGGUCAAAUUUCAUCCAAAAUGCAGAAAUGGAACCAAGAAUCAAUCAGAAUUUGGCACACAUUGCUCACUUUUGAGACUUUGUUUGGGCCCUGAGCCUGGUUUGCUAGGAAAACAGGAUUUAUGCAAUACUGUGCAGUCAGAUUUCAUCGGCAACUUUUAAGUCCAUUACCAAUUCUAACCCUCUUUGAAAAGGCAAUCAUAAAGCUAAUACAGUUUUGAGAAUUAACAACUGGUAACUUGGUGCCUAUCCACCUGCAGGGGAAGGCAAAAGAGAAAUCCAAUACUGCUUGUAGGCUGUGAAUACAACAGCAGCCAGUCGGAUGGCGUCCUUGAUGACCAGUCAGUUUGCCUGCUAUCCAUCAGCAAGAGUGAAAGAAGAGCAAGACAAAGAUCACAAACCUAAAGGGAAUCAUACUCACAGAACAACUUACUUUAGAGUCCAAUAGUCAAAAUCCUUUUUUUUCCUCUCUGUUUUUUCUUUUAUACCAUCCAAACAUUUCUUUAAUAUCAAUGUACAGAAUCAGCACAAGCAUAAAAAUAUACUGGCAUUAUCAAAGCUAAGAUAGGAUAAAUGGGAAAAAA